UCCGGAAUAUGUCGUGAAGCUGGAUAAUAAGGAGUGUACUCACUGCCAAACUAAGCCUAGCAACAAGUGUUAUUGAACCAGUUUUACGUUAGAAAAUGAAAGUAUAUUGUUUAUUGCUUUUUAUUGCGGUGGUCAAAGCAACUCCAAUAGUGUCCAAACAAGAGGAAUUGAAGGUUUUUUCUCUAGACGAAAUAAUCCCGAACAGUUUUACCCAGAAAGGGUUUAGCGCCAGCUGGCUAUCAGGCAAUGAAUUAUUAUACCGCAACGAUAAAAAUAACUAUGUCAAGUACAACGUGGAAGAUCAAACCGAAACUGUGCUAUUGAAAACCGAAGAAUUGUCCGAUUGGCCCGGUGCAUCAGUUCAGUUCAUCAAACCAGAUCAUAGUAAAGUACUAAUUCGGUAUGCUGUGAGAACCGUUUUCCGCCAUUCGACACUAUCAAAGUAUGCUUUGCUAGAUAUUACCGCCGGUGUUUCUUACAACAUUUCAAAUGGUGAUGAGGUCUCUAUUUGUACCGUAUCACCAAACGGUCAAGCUUUGGUCUAUGUGAAAGAUAAUAAUGUCUACUUACGUCCAAAUCUGAUAAACGAUGACGAAAUUCCUCUUACCUCUGAUGGUGUUCCUGGAGUUAUUUACAACGGUGUUCCAGAUUGGGUUUAUGAAGAGGAGGUCUUCGGAACGGAUGCCACUCUAUGGUUCUCAAACGAUGGAACUCAUAUCGCUAUGGCCAGCUUCGAUGAUAUAGAUGUAAAAGAAUUUUCCUAUCACGUUUAUGGAGAUCCAGAUGAUCCGGAAAAUCAGUAUCCUCAAGAAUAUACGAUUAGAUACCCAAAAGUGAACAAUACAAACCCGAAGGUUCAUCUGAGAGUGAUGGAUUUGACAUCGUCUUCACGAGUCUGGUUAGGAAUUGAUGCUCCCAAUGAAAUUGUAUCUAGCGAUCACAUAUUGGGUACUGUCAACUGGAUCGGACAAGACCUAGGAGUCAUUUGGACAAAUCGUCGACAAAACGUAGCAACGUUCCAACGUUGUGAUGUACAGUCUUUACUUUGUACUGAGUUUGCCAGGAUAAAUGAACCCAAUGGAUGGUACGACUUGUACGAACCGCGUUGCACCAUUACCGGCGAUCGCUGCUUUUUCCUUGGCAAUAACAAUGGCUGGAGGAGAAUAUGGGAGCUGGUAGAGUCUGCUCCAGUUGUUUUCAAGUCUCCCGAACUAUUCACCGUAACCGGAAUUAAUGGUUACGAUGAAUCAACUAAUGUGAUUUAUUAUACAGCAGUUUCUGCUGAUGCACCGCAUCAUCGUCAUGUUUAUCGGGAUAACGAUUGUUUGACGUGUUCCUUGCUCAAAGAUAAACUAGAAAAUAACACCCCGUGUAACUAUGCCAGUGUUUCCUUCAGCACAGACUUCACGUAUUUUGCAGCAACGUGCUCUGGUCCUACCGUGUCUUAUUCUCAGGUAUUUCGUACUAAUGACUUACAGCCUGUAAUCGACUGGCAGUUGAACGAAGAGCUUCGUGAUAAACUCGACGGCUAUAAAAAGACACAAGUCCGCUAUCUUAGGGUUCCAGUGGGAGAUGGCGAAUUUCAGGCCUCCGUGCGACUGUAUUUGCCACCAGAAAUCGAUUUUGAAAAUCUUCAAAAUAAUAAGGAAACAUAUCCCAUGAUUGUACAAGUAUACGGAGGGCCCAAUUCUGUCCGGGUAACAGAUAGUUUCGGAAUCGGAUUUGGAGAUUAUUUGACAACUACCAAAAAAAUUAUUUACUGUCAGAUUGAUGGACGUGGCACAGGAAAUCAAGGUUAUAAGUAUUUGUUUACUAUUAACGAUAACUUGGGAACAUUCGAGAUAGUUGAUCAAAUCGCGGUCACCCGUUACCUUCAGGAUCAAUAUGAGUUUAUUGAUAGAAGUAGAACUGGUAUUUGGGGAUGGAGCUAUGGUGGUUACGUAACGUCAAUGACUCUCGAGCAGGAUACUGAUCAAGUUUUCAAAUGCGGAAUAUCAGUUGCUCCAGUGACGUCAUGGAUGUUUUACGAUUCUAUAUACACGGAGAGAUACAUGGGUUUACCAACUGAAGACGACAACAAAAUUGGAUACGAUAAAGGAGACGUGAGUCAGUAUGUCGAUGGGAUGAAAAAUCAUUUAUUUCUUUUGAUUCACGGAAACGCUGACGAUAACGUGCAUUAUCAAAAUUCUAUGGUUUUCGUGAAGGCGCUAGUAGAAGAGAACAUUCUGUUUGAACAAAUGAGCUAUCCUGAUGAAGCCCAUGGGCUUUCUGGAGUACAGAAACACCUCUACCACACGAUGGAUUAUUUUUGGGACGAAUGUUUCGAAUGAAAAUGGAAAAUAAAUGAAUAAUAGUUCACAGUA